CUCAUUCUAUACCUCGUGGGCUAUAAAUAUAGGAUGUAUAUUAAAGCUUGCAAGGUAGCUUUCACUACUGUGAAACCUUAUAAACUGCUUCUGCAGAUGACACAACUACACUAGUGCAAAAAUAAUAUAAUAAUCCUGUGAGAAACAAAUCCCUUUAAUUCAUCUCCAUGAAGACCGGCAUCUUCUCUCGGACCACCACCAUCCACCACCACCACCGCUUCUCUCCGGCUGCCACUUCUCAUUGUCUUCUUCCUUCCACCAGAAAUGUAAAUCUUAGACAUACUGGUUUCGAGUGCAAAGCCGUAUCGAAGUCUCCUAUACAAGGUGGAGAAUACUAUGAUUUACUUCAAAAGAAUCAUUUGCCACUAAUCAACUUGCACGAUGACAACUUGACGAAUAACGAGGACACGCACAAGAUUGUGUAUCCAAGCGAUGAAAUUACACAAUUUGUAGACAUAAUAAAAACAAUGUUGGGUUCUAUGGACGACGGAGAGAUAAGUGUAUCUGCUUAUGAUACGGCUUGGGUUGCACUCGUACAAGAUGUCAAUGGAAGUGAUGGUCCUCAGUUUCCAUCAAGUUUGGAAUGGAUUGUGAACAAUCAACUAUCCGAUGGUUCUUGGGGCGACCCUUUAAUAUUCUCGGCUCACGAUAGGCUCCUGAAUACAUUGGCUUGCGUUAUUGCACUAACUUUUUGGAACGUUCAACAUAGUAAAUGCCAACAAGGAUUGAAAUUUCUGAAAGAAAACAUAAGCAAACUUGAAGACGAGGAUAGGGAACAUAUGCCGAUUGGUUUUGAAGUGGCGUUCCCUUCACUCAUAAACAUGGCUCGUAAGCUAAAACUCGAAGUCCCUGAGGAUACUCGCGCAAUGAAAAAGAUCUAUGCAAGUCGAAACCUAAAGCUCUCAAAGAUACCGAAGGAAGUACUACACAAAGUGCCUACAACUUUACUUCAUAGUUUGGAAGGAAUGCCUGAUUUGGAGUGGGAAAAGCUUCUAAAAUUGCAGUGCAAAGAUGGAUCAUUUCUCUUUUCUCCAUCAUCUACUGCAUUUGCACUCAUGAAUACAAAAGAUGAAAAGUGUCUUCAUUAUCUUACAAAUAUUGUUACCAAAUUCAAUGGUGGAGUCCCGAAUGUCUACCCGGUGGAUCUUUUCGAACAUAUAUGGGUCGUUGAUUACCUUCAACGACUUGGGAUUGCUCGUUAUUUCAAGCCGGAGAUCAAGAAUUGUGUUGAGUAUAUCCACAGGUAUUGGACGAAUGAUGGGAUUUGUUGGGCGAAAAACUCAAAUGUACAAGAUAUUGAUGAUACCGCGAUGGGCUUUAGGGUUUUGAGAAUGCACGGUUAUGAAGUCACUCCAGAUGUGUUUCGACAGUUUGAGAAAGAUGGUAAAUUUGUUUGCUUUGCUGGGCAGUCAACACAAGCCACCACCGGGAUGUUCAAUAUGUAUAGGGCUUCACAAUUUUGCUUUCCUGGAGAGAAAAUUCUCGACGAUGCAAAGAAGUUUUCAUAUAACUACUUGAAGGAGAACCAAUCGAAAAAUAAGCUUCUCGAUAAAUGGAUCAUUUCCAAGGACUUGCCUGGAGAGGUUGGAUAUGCACUAAAUGUACCAUGGUAUGCGAGCUUACCUCGACUCGAGACAAGAUACUACUUGGAACAAUAUGGAGGCGAGGACGAUGUUUGGAUCGGGAAAACCUUAUACAGGAUGGGAAAAGUGAGCAAUAAUACGUACCUUGAAAUGGCUAAAUUGGACUACAAUAACUGCCAAGCCAUGCAUCAGCUCGAAUGGAACAAUAUUCAACAAUGGUUUGUGGAAUUUGGUAUCAAACAGUUCGGGACAAGCGAUCUCACAAGCCUUUUGGUCGCAUAUUACCUGGCCGCAGCCAACAUAUUUGAACUAGAAAGGUCCAAGGAGCGAGUAUCAUGGGCGAAAACCGCCAUAUUGAUCGACGCCAUCUCAAAGUUUUUUGAUUCACCACAACUCUCAAAAGAUGAUAGACAAGCUUUUGUUGACGAUUUUCGAAAGAAAUCUACUUCCAAAAGACAUUCCAUAAAUGGAGAACCGUGGCACAAGGUGAUGGUUGCACUGCGAGGAACCCUACACGAGCUUGCAUUGGAUACACUCAUGGUUCAUGGUCAAGACAUCCACCAAUACCUCCAUCAUGCGUGGGAAAUGUGGUUGCUGAGAUUGCAAGAUGGAGAAGACGUGGCACUACAAGCUGAACUGAUAAUACAAACAAUAAACAUAACAGCUGGCAGAUUGGUAUCAGUUGAACUUUUGGCUCAUCCUCAAUAUCAACGGCUUUCAACCGUCACUAACUACCUUUGUAUAGAACUAUUUAAGUUCCACAAGUCCAAGGAGAAUGGCACCACACAUUGUGACAAUGGGACUACGAGCACGGCAAUAGACUCCAAAAUGCAAGAACUAGUGCAACUUGUGCUGAGCGACUCGCCCCAUGAUGACCUUGAUCAAGAUGUGAAACACACGUUUCUAACUGUAGCAAAAACCUUCUACUACAAGGCUUACUUUGAUCCUAAGACGAUAAAUGUUCAUAUCUCCAAAGCAAUGUUCGAGGUUGUAACAUGAAAAUAGUAGUGGUAAGUGCCAUAUUUCUUGCUUUUAUGUAAAAGAGAUAUGGUUGAAUAAGUGUAAUAGCUAAGGUCUUUACGGUUGGGUCUAGUUUACUAAGCAUAAUCAAUAGUUUCAGUUAUUGUAAUAAAAUUUCGUUCAGUUCGGUUAAUUUUGGUGUUUGGUUAUUGAUUU